UUGUUUUGAUCGGUGCACAGCGAAGUUUUCCACGUACACGUACAUAAAGGCGCCCUCUUCUCGCGAAAGAAAUUUUGUUUUUCUAAUAAUUCCUGAUUGUUGAUAAGCCGUGCAUGGCUGUCGUCUCGUCCUGUCAUAACAAAAGCAAUACAUACGAAGAGACCACAGCCGCAGAAAUCGACGGAUCGACCGUACAGGAGGGAAUGAAGUAUUCGUGGUCUGCUACUCGUCGGACCAAACACGAUAGUAUCUCUUCGGUUGAUAGCAAUUCUUCUUCUGAUUCACCCUUCUUAGACUCCCUAAACGAGAAAUCUUCAAAGAUGAACUCAACUAAAAAGCCAUGUGGUAAAAAGAGAGGCAGAAGACCCUCUAAAAUCGACUUGGAAGCAAAACUGGAGCGAAGUAGGCAAUCUGCCCGAGAGUGUCGCGCUCGAAAGAAGCUGCGAUACAAGAGCUUAGAAGAUAUGAUCGCUGACAAAGAAACUUAUGUGUAUAAACUUCGAGAAGAGCUCGAAAUGUACCGAAGAUGGUGCAAGGCUGUCGAUAAGGGAGCAUAUCCGACCGAACUAAUGGAAUUCUUAAAAGACAACGCCGAGGGCAGCAAUUGAAGUUGGCAGACCGUGAUGGGAUCCUAGUCUGACCGCUAAUUCAACGGAUCCAGGCCAACACUAAAGGAAAUUCCUCAACUCCAUGGAAUUUCAACGGAUGUGGUCGCAAUUCUCUGCCAUUAGAUGCUUUUGAUCCUUUAGGCUGCCUUCGUGAACUCAGGAAUUGUAAUCUUAAUUUCAAGGCUUUAUACGAUCAUUCAAGACCAACUUACAAUUAGUCCAUGUAAAGAGCCCUGACGUGAUGUUUAGCGGGCGCUGUCAAUAAGCUUAAGAUUGGCAUAAAUAUUUGAACUCUUUCUUAGAGUAAUUAUUGUACGUGUCCAGAUUAAUAUCCCCACACACCCACUAAAAGAUCAAAAAUUUUAAAAGGUAGAGAAAGGGGUCCCCAGGUAGGGGGUCGUACCUCUUUGUUGAGUUAAUUAUGAUGUACACAUCUAGAUAGACAUCCUUGCUCACCCACUGAAAGAUUGAAAAUUUUAGAGGUGGAGAGAAGGGUCCCUAGGUAGGAAGUCAAAAGACUACUGUAAUUUCUGGGGAGAGGGGAUUGCUGAAGAAUUCAAUACCUUAUCUGGCAGGGUAAUGCAUAAUUCCUGGGAAAAUACACAAAAAAUUACAUUUAGUGUGGCCACUACAGCUGUUAUUGUUAGAUCUCUUUGGGCCUUGAGUUUAAAUUUCUUUUCCACUAAAUAUGCUUGAUUCCAACCAAACAUUUUAAAGAAUAGGAGACAAAAAAACUGGUUGUCUCUUAGGAGGUUUUGAUGAAUUUUCAACUGAUAUCAGAGCAGUGAAGGUAAAUGUUUCAGCAGUGCUAAAAUGCAUGGUGUUCACAGAUAAUAAAUUAAUACAAAAGAGAUCUAAGACACCAUAAGUUUCAGUAGAAUGACUAGUUUUGAUGGGACUGAUAACGUAGAAUGGGUUUCCCAAUUCCUUUUGCUAAGAUGCGUGGCUUUUUUCCCCUCAUAGUUAGCCCGAAUUGAAUCCAAAGGAACUCUUUCCAAAAUCAGAAGUUCUAAAUUACAUGUCAACAUUUUGUAGGCAGUGACACUAUCAAACACUGUCAAGUUGCCCUUUUUUUUUUUAAUGAUAUUUAGGCAAAGAACGUGUAAGAAGUGUUUAUUGAUUUAUUCCAUGUUUAUGGUAGCACAAAAUUUGUCUACAAAUUUCAUUAAAGUAGUGUAACUAUUCUAAAGUUUUAAAGAUAAUUUUAAGCUGUCUGAAAUUGAUUCUUAUUUCAAGACUUCGAAAAAAACUCAGGAAAUUACAAGUGCAUAAUAUUUGUGGCUGGGAACAUCAGUUGUUGUUUUUUUCUCUACAGCCAUUCGAAACAAUAAUUUAAUGUAUAAAUUUGUAAUUCUUU